AUGAACGAUGACCUUCCUGCGAACAAAACAGCCAAACUCGGCUGCGGCCACCGCAUGUGCCACUCGUGCCUCAAGCGCCAAUUCACGCUCUCCGUCAACGACCCCCAGCACAUGCCUCCCACCUGCUGCACCGCUGAACAUAUUCCCCUGAAGCACGUUGAACGCCUAUUUGAUGAUAAGUUUAAGAAAUUGUGGAACAAGAAAUACCAGGAGUAUACCACCGCGAACCGCCUGUAUUGCCCUACCAAAGGAUGCGGAGAGUGGAUCAAGCCGUCAAAGAUCCGGAUGGACUUGACCUACGGCAGGAAGUACGCCCGUUGCGGUCGGUGCAAUACCAAAGUGUGUGUUCUAUGCAAUGGGAGGUUCCACACGAGACGGGAGUGCCCGAGGGAUGAGGAGACCAACCGCGUCGUGCAGUUGGCCAAGGAGAAGGGCUGGCAGACGUGCUACAACUGCAGGGCCCUGGUUGAGCUUAAAGAAGGCUGCAAUCACAUGACAUGUCGCUGUACGGCGCAAUUCUGCAUGGUCUGUGCAGCCCCUUGGAAGACAUGCAACUGCCCAUGGUUCAACUAUCAACAUCUCGAUGAGGAUGACCGACUGAACGACAUGCGCGUCCCAUAUAUACCACAACAAGAUGUAGUCGAAGUUGUGGAGAUUCCUCCAGAGCCUGCGCCUCCACCAGUCCGCCGUCUCAGUACCCGCACCCGCCCUCGUGGAGAUCGCGACCUCGAACGCGCGGACGAAGUUCUCGCCGCGCACCUUCAUGCCCAACUCAGGAUGGAGCCAACACCCACCGCGUCCGAAGCCAACCGCAGCGAUCCAAAUCUCCGCGUUUAUGGGCUUGGCAAUUCCGGAGGCCACCAUAUGAACGACUCAUUUGCCGUACGUCCCUUGGCAAACUCAGCCGCACGAACAGCAGUCCGCAUGUCGGUGCCAAGAACCUCCUUUUUCAGCCGUCGCAGCCUCGUGCGUGAGGCACCCCGUCCUUCUCCCGCCCGCAUCGUAACAGCGUCUACCAUGGCCGGGCUGUCCCGUGAUGGGACGAAGCGCGGGGCAAAUAGAGUCGGAACCUGGCUCAGCCAUGUCGAAGUGGACCCCGACGCAGUCCACACCGCCCCGAGAGACGUCGAGGUUGACGACUGGAGGGUUGAAGGAUCCGUGGUCGGAAUCGACUGA